CUCAUCAGUCUGAUAAAUGGAUUCAAUGUGUUUUCUGCUCUGUUUAUGUAAUGGUAACAACAGAAUGCAAAGACGGUGUACAUUUUUUGCUAUUCCCCUUGUAAUCCGGUGCACGGUUUAUCAGCUUAACACCCCCAUCAUAUGACCGCUUCAUCUGCUGUUACAUAACCACUGACACACAGCCAGGAGCCAGUGUGACACAUCUGCCAGAAGAUGGCAGCCUCGGCCACAUGCUCAAAUAAAUAAAGAAAUCACGACAUGUAGGAACAUCUAUCUUGCAAUGAGGGGAAGGUGAGAAAAAUCCCCGGAUCGGACCGUAAACAAGAAGCAUGAGAGAGUGUCGGAGACGGACAGAUGACAGAGUGAGGUUUGUGUGGAUCCUGCUGUAGGCCGACGGGGGAGAGGAAAACACAGCCACGCUGCUUUCGGGGCGUUGAUGUUCAGACGAGAAACUGCGAGACAUCAUCCAGCACUUGCUAGGGACAGGGAAAAGAAGCUACACUGAAUUCUGCAUGUAAGAGAGAAGAGCAAAACACAGUAAACCACAGAUAGGACUGCAGAGAGCCAACAAGAACUGGGAACUACAUCCUUUGUAGACUGUGGUGGACAUUUCAAAUCUCGUUCUGUUCUCGGCCACCCAGGAGAGGUGAAGGAAGAUUAAAUCACAUGCUCUGUCAACAGUGAUCCCAAACCGAACCUGCAGAGACCUCAUACUUCACUGUUUGAGACCCCACUGAAGUCUUUCCAGGAGCUUCAAGCAACACAUACUUUCCCAAGUAAUUUGCUCCUCUUACUUCGAUAAAGGUCAGAGACAUUUUGUUGUUGUUGUUGUUUCAAGUGAAGGCCCAAAAGAGACCCAGUCGUGGACCACACCAGGGUCCUGGACAAGCUUUUGGGGAACACUGAUUUGGACGAGAAGAUUGGGAAAGUGACAGAGGCGAUGGGUAACAAGAAUACCAGCCCGCCGAAAGGUCCUGACACUGGUCUUACACAGAAAGAGGAAGACGUAUUCAUUGAUAGUACCACAGGAGGUGUCUCUGGAGAUGGACCGCUGGGCCUCAGCCCAGAGCUGCUGGCCUCCCUGCAAUCCCUCGGAGAAAACAGUGACUACACACUGCUGCCACACUCCUUGCACCAGAUUGCAGAGGCCUACUCACUCAAAGAGGACUAUCAGUGGGCUAUUCAGUUCCUACAGCUGGAGAAGCUCUACCAUGAACGUUUGCUCUCCAACCUCACCGCCCUGCAGGAAAACUGGGAGAGCCGGUGGAGAGAGAAGAACACUGAGAGCAGUUUGCCUGCUGAGACAGACACCAUCACUCAGAAACACAUUGAGACACUGAGCCAGAUCUGCAGGACACACCCCAGACCAUCCAUCAGUGUGGACCAGAACAAGCUGAAUAUGGUGCUGAAAGACACUCAGAGCAAGAGCCCGGAACUUCAGUCCUGCCAUGAUAAAGUCAACAAUCCUGAAACAUCACAGGAGGAUCGAGAACAAGAGCAAAACAUGAACUCAGAGUCAUCGCAGACAGAGCAUCAGGAAGGAGGAAGGGAAGAGGAUGGAGAAGAGGAGGAGGAGACAUAUGAGGAAGGACAGGAAGUAGAAGAGGAGGAGCCGUGUGAGGAGACGCCAGAGGAGGAGGAGGUGAAGGUGGAGUGGCCAACAGGAGUCCCCCAGGCUUCAGACAAGGACCUGGCCAAACUGUCCCACACAGAAGGGAGUUCGUCUCCUGAUGGUCUGGUCUCCAUUCUGAAGAGGAGGAGAGCAUCACUUGAUGGUCUGCCUCCCCCCAACAACAUCGCUACCAAACAGAACUCUAAACGCAAAGUUCGCUUCAGUGAACCAGAGGACGGCAUUGAGCAAGAUGAGGUAGGUGGAGAUUCCUGCCUGAUCCUCCUGCUGCUGUGCCUGGUUACUGUGGUGAUCAGCAUAGGCGGGACCGCUCUCUACUGCACCCUGGUGGACACUUACUCCAACAUUUGCACCGACUUCACUCACAACGUCGACUUCUACGUGAUGAACAUACGGAGGUUCUUUGAAGGGCUCGGACACUGGCUGCCUCUCCGGACUUAGAUAGUUUCAUCUGGAUUCCAGACAAGACCUGUUUCAGACAUUUAUGCUGUAACAGACAGUGUAAAGUAGACAGUGAGGAUGAGUAAGACUCCACAGACGUGGGACCUACAGGCAUCAAUCUGAUGCUACCAUCCAGAGUGUUUAAAGCUUUGAUUUCUUCUACAGUGACUGGACUUGUGUCUGAGCAGAAGAGCUCACUAAGACUUGUAAAUUUCAUCAAACAGAGUAAGAUUUGUGUGUCAAUAACUGGGUGCUCAAAGCAACACCAAACAGUAAAAACUCUAAAUUUCUUCACCUCAGAAGAAAAAUGAUGUGUGCAUGUUGUGGGAUGAGAGUUUAAAAAAAAAAAAAAAAAAAAAAAAAAAAAACUUGUUUACUACUGUCUGUGUGGAUAUUUCAUCCUCAAACUGAACCUUACAGAUAACCACACAAGAGGGCUCACAACUCUCAGUUAUAUUUAUAUUUUAACAGAAAUAGUUUAUCUAUGUAGUAGUGUUUCCCUCGCAGUUGUAGCAGUUGUAGCUGUGGAUAAAUCUGUCUUUAGUUCCAGAGGCUUUCUUGUUCUGGCGAUGUCAGUUUGACUCGUACCACUGAUGGGACAAAUGAUGAUUUUUUUCCCUUUUAAUGUCAUGCUACCAUUAUCAUUUGCUCUUUUGACCCUUCUCUGCUAACUGAAUACACUGUAUACCUACUGUCUAUCAGACACUUUAUACAGCGCAACAACAAAGAUUUCUUUCAUUUAAUUCCUGAUUUAAUUCCUCAUUUAAUUCCUGAUUCUAUAUAUAGAUGAGCCUUUAUGAUCCUUUUACUGAAAAGGCUAAUUUCAUAACUGCGUGUUUACCUCUGUACAAGUGGUUACUCUUAACAUUCCUCUUUUCAUAUGAAGACGACCAGUUCAAAGAGAAGCAUUGUACUGUAUAUGAUAUUGGUAUAUGUACAAAGUGUCCUAUUAAAAACAAAGCACAGCAUCACGAGUGCAUGAAUGAUGCUGCAUAUGUAGAUUCAGGAGGAGUGUGGCGCUUGGAAAUGAAAAUAUCAAGACUACCACCUUAUAAUACAAUACAUUUUAGUGUGGUCAUCAUGGUUAUCAGUAUGCAAAACAGUAACUUAACAGCCGCUCCACAAACUCAGGCACUUAACCCUGUGUGUACACUUUUGGUGCUUAAUGUUUUCAUGUUACUCCUUCAGUGUGUAACUAAAAUUUCUGCUCUGCAACUGGGUUUAUGAUCAGCGUCUGUCUUCUCCUGCAGUGUCCAAAAACCUAUACUGUGAUAUUAAAGGCCCAGUGCAUUGAGAAGAUGCUUUUGGAUUGCAUGAACAUUGAAAAUCAGAUCUCAGUCAAAAAUAGGCAAAAGAAAAAAAAAAGAGAAGAAAAAAUAUACCAUUAUUUGUGAACUCAUUUCAAAUAUUUCUUGAGUGUUCACGUGUUUAUUAGCUCCAAAUGUUCCAUGAGCUUACAAGCACAAUCUUGAGGCCUCUUUUAUAUGCACUGGGAGUUUAACAUCUAGUUUAAAUGGGUUAUGCUGUCUUUCUGUCCAUUUGUCCAAAAGCAGAGCUUUAUGGACCAACAAUUGUGUUUCCUGGCUGGCUCAAGAACACAAAAGAAAAUAUUGCUGUAAACACUACAUUUUUAUUGGAUUGGAGAAAAUGAUAUUUGAUCAGCAUGUUCUUUAUCCAUUACCCUGGACUGAUAUUUUUUUCACUCUCCUUUUGAACAGAUGUUUGCAAAGUGAUGAAUGUUACCUCUGUAUUGUCACUGUGGAUAUUAUUUACCAACAAGUGUUGCAUUAUGCAAUCCAUCUUUAUAUGUUUCAAUAUUUAUGUUCAGUUGUGUCCACAAGGGAAUACAAAUACAUAUAUAUUAACAUUU